AUCUCUGGUCAAACCUCUACGGAGACAGUCUUUCAGCCACGCUCACGGAUGCAUUCUCCACUGAAUUAUUUUAUCGGAAUAUUUUUAUUAUGUUUAUAGGAAUUCGACAAUAGACGCGCCAACUAAUGGAAAGCCCUGCGUCAAGACUUGGGAGACCGCGCCGAGGGCUAAGCGGAUGUACGAAAAGCGCGGGAUCGAUUAUAUACAGAAAGCUAUCAUCUUCGGCGAUAGGUUGAAUCUUAAGAAGGUGAAGGAGUUGAAUGAGCAGCGUCUGCUGCUUGGGUUCAAGUGUUCGUUUGGUAUUGGAACUUGGCUGACGAACGACUUUAAGAAGAAGAGCGGUAGGUAUGGGAAGGAGUGUGUUAAGAUUAGUGAUGAGAUUACAAAGAAUACGGGAGUUCCGGAAGUUGUGGCAAAGGUCAAAGAGAUGUAUCAGAUAUCGGUCUCAUAAACCUCGUUGAUCGUCGCGUUUAAAGCUCAACGACGAAGUGUCCUGGUGGCCUUGCAUCACGAUGCCUGUAGCAUGCUAAACCAUCCAUGUCAAAGCAA